CUCAGCAGCAGCGGGUGUGUUUGCGGUUCGAUAACGAACUUCUCAUGAACUUUCUGCGGUUUUAUCUGCUUCAUUAACAAGAAAACUUAAUUAAUUAGUUAAUGUUUCACGCUCGCUCCGCCGAGACGGAUCCUGCUCCAUGAAUUCAGCGUUUUUAUCCUCGGAACACGCACUUUUCUCCGGGUGCAAAUCCUGUUUGUCCCGCUGGAGAUGAGACUUCAGUGAAGGAUUCGGGAGACCGAGCCUAGCCGAGCCGAGCCGAGCCGAGCCAAACUAACCCAGUUGGUGGAAGCGAGAGAAAUGCCAAGAUGAAGCCGGUUCUGUGGAUUCUCUUGUUUUUACUGCGGAUCCACGGAGGCACCUGUGGAAACGGCGUCUUCACCAAGCAUCCGUCCAAUCAGACGCUGUCCCAGGGCAAGGCGGCGCGGCUGGGCUGUGCCGUCCAGGGUCUCACGGAGCCCGACAUCGUGUGGAUGAAGGACGGAGACAAACUGUACAGCAGCGACCAGAUGUUCCUCACGCUGGGGGACAGACACUGGGAGACAUACUACAGUGUGAAGUCGGUGCAGCAGCAGGAUGCGGGUCAGUACUGGUGUGAAGUCGAGUUUGACGGCCAGACGUUCUCCUCCGAACGAGCCUGGAUCACCGUGGAAGGCGUCCCUCACUUUGUGCGGGAGCCUCAGGACGUGGCCACGUUCCCCGGGGCCCCCUUCACUACGUGCGACGCGGUGGGCCCCCCCGAGCCGGUGGAGGUGCAGUGGUGGGUGGGCGGCGUCCCGCAGGGCCCCCCCCAGCCCUCGCCCUCCCUCAUCUCCGUCGCAGUUUUGAAGUUCUACUGUGAAGCGAAGAACAAAGGAAUCUCCGUCUCUAGAACUGGAACAGCUCACAUUAAAGUGUUGCCGGCGGCACCGGUCGACCUGCAGGUCCUGAGCAUGGUGGACAACAACGUCACCUGCAUGGAAACCAGAUUCACAGGACACUCAGAGCUGUCCACCUGCAUCGUCCAGCUGUGGCGGCGCUGGGGGGGGCGGCGGGACGUCCCACAGCGGGAGGUCCAGGUGGACGUCCCCCCCCCCCUCGUGGUCCUGUCGGGGCUCAGGAGUCACUCCAACUACAGCGCCAGGGUGUCCUGCGUCAACGAGGUGGGGGGGUCGCCCUUCUCCCCCGGGCUGCACUUCACCACGCCCGAGGCUGUGCCGUCGGCGGCGCCCAGGAACCUGACCUUUGACCUGUCGGAGCAGCAGCUGUCUCUGCGCUGGGCGGCGCUGCAGGAGGACGAGCUGCAGGGGACGCUGCUCGCCUACAAGCUGCAGUGGACGCUGGGAGGAGAAUCGCAGGAGCCGCUGCUCUUUAAGGACACCGUGGCCCAGCUGUCCGGCGGCGGACGCUUCUUCAACGCCUCCUUCCAGGUGUCGGCCUGCACCGCGGUGGGAUGUGGUCCCUGGAGCCGCCCGGUCCUGGUGCUGCCAGCCGCAGUGCAGGUCCCGGUCCAGCGGAGCCACAUGUGGGUGGGUGUGCUGCUCGGGCUGCUGGGGGCCGCCGUGGUCGGGCUGCUGCUCGCCGUCUCCGCCCAGCGCCGCGGGAAGGAGACGCAGUUUGGGUCUGUCUUUAAACCUCCAGGUCCAGAGAGCUCCGUGUCCUUCACCGUGACUCGAUCCUUCAACAGGAACGGGGCCGAGCUGCAGGACUCUACAUUGGACAGUCUGGGUAUUAGUGAUGAGCUGAAGAACAAGCUGCAGGACGUCCUGAUCCCAGAGAGGCUGCUCACACUGGGACACAUGCUGGGAAAAGGAGAGUUCGGCUCGGUGCGCGAGGCGUUCCUGAAGGCGGAGGACGCGUCCGUCCAGAAGGUGGCCGUCAAAGUGCUGAAAACUGACAUCACUUCCUCCGGCGACAUCGAGCAGUGUCUGAAGGAGGCGGCCUACAUGAAGGACUUCCACCAUCCCAACGUCAUCCAGCUCAUCGGAGUGAGCCUCCACCGGCGGCCGGGCCUGCGGCUGCCGGUCCCGAUGGUCAUUCUCCCGUUCAUGAAGCACGGAGACCUGCACACCUUCCUGCUGCUGUCCCGCCUCGGAGAGCAGCCGUUUGACUUGUCCCUGCAGACUCUUCUGCAGUUCAUGUUGGACAUCUCUCGGGGGAUGGAGUACCUGAGCAGCCGGAGCAUCAUCCACAGAGACCUCGCCGCCCGAAACUGCAUGCUGAAUGAGGACAUGACGGUGUGUGUAGCAGACUUCGGGCUCUCUAAGAAGAUCUACAGCGGGGACUACUACCGUCAGGGGUCCGUCUCCAAGCUCCCGGUCAAGUGGAUCGCUCUGGAGAGUCUGGCAGACAACGUGUACACAACUCAGAGUGACGUGUGGGCGUUUGGCGUGACCAUGUGGGAGAUCAUGACCCGGGGCCAGACCCCGUACCCCGGGGUGGAGAACUCUGAGAUCUACGAGUUCCUGAUCAAAGGAGAACGACUGAAGAGACCUCCGGACUGCAGAGACGACAUCUACCAGCUGAUGCACAGCUGCUGGAGUCCCGUCCCCAAAUGUCGUCCCAGCUUCCAGGACGUGGUCGUCCAGCUGGAGGCGCUGCAGCUCAGCCUGUCCCCCGCCGCCGCGCCCAGGGACAGGCUGCUCUACGUCAACCUGGAGGACGCCGAGGACGAGCCGGGCGCCGAGGACCAGGGGGGGGAGGACCAAGGGGGGGAGGGGGGGGACGGCCCGGUCUGGGGUGUCCCGUGGCAACGGCGCCCGGAGGACGAGGAGACGGACUGGCUGAUGGUCGGCUCGGCGGCGGCGCUCGCCAGGGGGGACUACAGGUACAUCAUCGGCCCCGGGGGGGGGGAGGGGGGGACGCCGUCAGAGACGAAGAGACGACGCCGUCAUCAAUGUCUGACCAAUCACAGCAGCCCGUUGGACCAGAGACAGACGGGGGGGGGGGGGGGGGGGGGGGGCUAUUGUUUUAUUACUGAGCUCUUUACUCCUUUAGAUGUAAAAUAA